GCGGCUCCGGGGCGGCGGGCAUGGAGACGGUGCGGGCGCAGCGGCUGCAGCCGGGCGUGGGCGCCGGCGGGAGGGGCACGCUGCGGGCGCUGCGGCCCGGGGUGACCGGAGCCGCGGCGGCCCCCGCCACACCCCCGGGGGCGCCCCCGCCGGCCCCCCCGCCCCCCGCGCCGCCGCCGCCCCUGCUGCUGUCGGGGGCCCCCGGGCUGGCGCUGCCCCCCGGCGCGGCCGGCAGCCCCGCGGUGCUGCGGGAGGCGGUGGAGGCGGUGGUGCGGAGCUUCGCCAAGCACACGCAGGGCUACGGCCGAGUGAAUGUGGUGGAGGCACUUCAGGAAUUCUGGCAGAUGAAACAGUCCCGUGGGGCUGACUUGAAGAAUGGGGCCCUAGUAGUUUAUGAAAUGGUUCCCUCCAACAGCCCUCCCUACGUCUGCUAUGUCACCCUGCCGGGGGGAAGUUGCUUUGGGAGCUUCCAGUUUUGCCCCACAAAAGCUGAAGCCCGGCGGAGUGCUGCAAAGAUUGCACUAAUGAACUCUGUGUUUAAUGAACAUCCUUCCCGAAGAAUCACUGAUGAGUUCAUUGAGAAGAGUGUCUCUGAGGCCCUGGCGUCUUUCAAUGGAAACAGGGAGGAAGCUGAUAACCCAAAUACUGGGAUUGGUGCCUUCCGAUUCAUGCUGGAAUCCAAUAAGGGCAAGUCAAUGUUGGAGUUCCAGGAGCUAAUGACAGUUUUUCAACUGCUGCACUGGAAUGGCAGCCUUAAGGCCAUGAGGGAAAGACAGUGCUCUCGGCAGGAAGUGCUGGCCCAUUACUCCCACCGCGCCUUGGACGAUGAUAUUCGCCACCAAAUGGCACUGGACUGGGUGAGCCGGGAGCAGAGCGUGCCAGGGGCACUGUCUCGAGAGCUGGCCUCGACUGAGCAGGAGCUAGACGAAGCCCGGCUGGCAGGCAAGGAGCUGCGCUUCCAUAAGGAGAAGAAAGAUAUUCUCGUGCUGGCUGCUGGGCAGUUGGGCAAUAUGCAUCCAUCCAACUGCUAAGCACACACCACACACUCCCGCUCCUCUCCAAAUCCUUUUUUAUACAUCCUUUCUAAGACUUAGUAUGAUUUCUGUACAUACUUUCUCAAUUUUAUACUUAAAAAACCCAUAUAUAUGUAUAAAUUCUAUACCUGGAUUCCUAUUUGUUAAGAGAUCCCGUUUCUUACUUCUAGUUUUUGAACAUAGCUUUAUUUGAAACAUCUCCACUGCACUGUACCAGGAGAGCAGAUUAUCUUUGGGGUUUUGUUGGCUCUUAUACUCCCAGUAACUCUGUAUAGGCAUUUCAGUAGCACAAAACGACUGACU